GUAAUUAUUUUUAUUACAAACCUGACAUUUAACCAGCCAGGUUGGAGUGCUUAUUGUCGUUUCAGUGGAAGAAGAGAAAAAGGAGAAGGAAAAGAAGAAUAAAGAGAAAUGGAGAUGCACACCGUGAUUUUGGUGUGGGCAGUAGAAGAGACAGCAGAAGAGAACGCCCAGGCAGCAGCCAUAACAAUUUACAAUAACAAUGGAGGAGGCAAGUGAAGAAAAGAAAGGAGGCGAUUGCAGAAACAAAGAAGGGACCAAUUUGCUAAGACCUCCAACCUUCUCGGGACAGUCAAACGGCAGGAUCAAAUGCGCUGAAACAGGCCACGAGAUGGUCGUCAAAGACAAGGAUUCCUAUGCCCACAGCAAACGUUGUCGUCCAGGCCUUAUCGACUUUGCUUUGUCUCAUUCUAAGCCCCCUCUCAACAUGUUCAAAAGACCUCCUUUCCCGAUCGGGAACGACAUGAGCAAUCAAAAGAAAAGGAUCUUCCAAAUAGAAGCAUUCCAGAACCGGGUCGUGGUGGAUCCGAAAUAUGCAGAAAAGACCUGGAAAAUUCUCGAACAUGCAAUCCAUGAGAUUUACAACCAUAACGCUAGUGGCCUCAGUUUUGAAGAGCUUUACAGGAAUGCAUACAAUAUGGUUUUGCACAAAUUUGGUGAGAAGCUGUACUCAGGACUCGUUACAACUAUGACUGCACACCUCAAAGAAAUAUCAAAAUCUAUAGAGGCUGCUCAAGGUAAUUUAUUUCUCGAAGAGCUGAACAGGAAAUGGAAUGACCAUAACAAGGCCUUGCAAAUGAUUCGAGACAUAUUGAUGUACAUGGACAGGACUUAUAUUCCAGAUACCCAUAAAACCCCUGUCCAUGAGCUGGGACUUAACUUGUGGAGGGAUAACAUUAUACAUUCUGGCAAAAUUCAGUCGAGGCUUCUGAGCACACUUCUUGAACUGGUGCAUAGAGAGCGAACUGGUGAAGUUAUAGACCGGGGGCUGAUGAGGAACAUAGUCAAGAUGCUUAUGGAUUUGGGUUCUUCUGUUUACCAGGAGGAUUUUGAGAAGCCAUUUCUUGAGGUUUCUGCUGAGUUUUACAGGGGCGAAUCUCAGAAAUUUAUUGAGUGCUAUGAUUGUGGGGACUAUCUAAAGAAAGCAGAGAUACGUCUAAAUGAAGAAAUUGAGAGAGUUACCCACUACUUGGAUGCCAAGAGUGAAGGCAAGAUAACUAAUGUGGUGGAGAAGGAAAUGAUUGCUAACCACAUGAUGAGAUUAGUCCACAUGGAGAACUCCGGCUUGGUAAAUAUGCUUCUUAAUGACAAGCAUGGUGACUUGGGUAGAAUGUACAAUUUAUCUAGAAGAGUUCCUAAUGGUCUUGCAAUGAUACGAGAUGUGAUGACAUCACACCUUAGAGAAACGGGUAAACAACUAGUUACUGAUGCAGAAAGUUUGAAAGAUCCUGUGGAGUAUGUCCAACGGCUCUUGGAUGAAAAGGAAAAAUAUGAUGGUAUCAUUAGCCUAGCAUUUAGCAAUGACAAGACAUUCCAGAACGCUCUCAACUCCUCAUUUGAAUAUUUCAUUAAUUUGAAUUCUCGUUCUCCUGAGUUCAUUUCAUUAUUUGUGGAUGAUAAGCUUCGUAAAGGUCUGAAAGGAGUCAGUGAGGAGGAUGUGGAGAUAAUUCUUGACAAAGUUAUGAUGAUCUUCCGCUAUCUCCAGGAGAAGGAUGUGUUUGAGAAGUACUAUAAGCAGCACUUAGCUAAGCGGCUUUUGUCAGGCAAAACUGUAUCUGAUGAUGCAGAAAGAAGUCUGAUAGUCAACCUUAAGACGGCAUGUGGAUAUCAAUAUACUUCAAAGUUAGAAGGCAUGUUUACAGACAUGAAGACCUCCCAAGACACAACGCAAGGGUUUUGCUCUAGCCACCCUGAGCUCACAGAUGGCCCUACCCUAGUUGUUCAGGUUCUAACAACGGGAUCUUGGCCCACUCAGCCUAGUAUUACUUGCCACCUACCCUUUGAGAUGUCGGCAUUGUGUGAGAAGUUUCGGUCAUAUUAUCUUGGAACCCAUACUGGUCGAAGAUUAUCCUGGCAAACUAACAUGGGGACAGCAGAUAUAAAAGCAAUUUUUGGGAAGGGUCAGAAGCAUGAGUUAAAUGUUUCAACUUACCAAAUGUGUGUAUUGAUGCUUUUUAAUAAUGCUGAUAGGCUUUGCUACAAGGAAAUUGAACAAGGCACUGCGAUUCCUGCUUCACACUUGAAAAGAUGCUUGCAAUCAAUGGCAUGUGUGAAGGGAAAGAAUGUUCUUAGGAAAGAACCUAUGAGUAAAGAUAUUGGCGAGGAUGAUUCAUUUUUUGUUAAUGAAAAGUUUGCAAGCAAAUUUUACAAGGUGAAGGUAGGAACUGUGGUUGCACAAAAGGAAUCAGAACCUGAAAAGCAGGAGACCCGACAAAGAGUGGAGGAGGACAGGAAGCCGCAGAUUGAAGCUGCAAUAGUUAGGAUCAUGAAGUCAAGGAAGGUGCUAGAUCACAACAAUAUAAUAGCUGAGGUUACAAAACAGUUGCAGUCACGGUUCCUUGCCAACCCAACAGAGAUAAAGAAACGGAUAGAAUCUCUUAUCGAGCGGGAAUUCUUGGAAAGGGACAAUAGUGAUAGGAAAAUGUAUAGGUAUCUAGCCUAAAGACUUGGCUUCAAUAGAUACCUUGUUCCUUUCUGAAAGGUUAGCCUUGACAAGUGAAAUGGUAAGGCUGGAUAGAUCCCUUGUUCCUUUCCAAAAGGCUAGCAUUGACAAAUGAAAUGGUAAGGCAGAAAUUGUUUUACAUACGCUAUGGAAGCUCCAUUUUGUUUGAAUGGAUACCACCUAUUUGCUUCUGCUUUUCC